CUCCAAACAAAACACUCUUCAUCAAUUCCAAUUUCCAAGUAUCACCUUUGUUUUCUUCAUAUUAAUCCAAUCAUCCUCUGCACAACUUUUUCACUGUUUCAAGAAUAGACUAAUUUCCCACCACUGUACACUGCUUUCUGUCAAUUAUUUACGUUCCAAACCUCAAUAUUUCAUUCACUCCAAUAGUUCUAAAAGUAAAAGCGUACUAGACCAAUUUUCUUACCUGUUUAAUAGUUCUUUGUCCGUUUGUUUUAUUUAAAAGUAAAAAUCGAUCCAACAUGGUACUGAACCGAACCGUUUUGUGAGUUCUAUAUAUAUAUAUAUAUAUAUGGUCACCAAUCUCAUUCAUCCGCUGUUUGAAUCAUAGCAUGCAUUCAUAACCUGUUUUCAUUUCUCAACUUUACUAUUAAAGAACACCAAACCACAUAUGAUAUUUCUAUAUAUCCAAGCUUUUCAACAACAACAACAACAGCAUGAACAACUUAGAGUCCUAUCCUCCCGUUCUCCGCCACCUAGACCAGCAGCAACAUCCAUCACCACCACCACCACCUAACGCCGACCCGGACGAAGAGUUUCCGGACCCGGAUCCUUUGCCCAUCAUAGAUCUCGAGUGGUUGGACCAUGAAAAGUUGGAAGAAGCUUGCGAGAAUUGGGGUUUGUUCCGUCUGGUCAACCAUGGUGUUCCGUUGACCCUUUUGAAGGAGGUUCAAGAGGUAGCAAAGGAACUGUUCUCUCUGUCCUUUGAGGCCAAAAAAAAUGCAUGCAGCGACAGUCCUGUGACAUACUUUUGGGGCACCCCUGCCCUAACACCGUCGGGGACAGCCCUAACAAGAAGCCCCCAAAACAUGAACUGGGUUGAAGGGUUUUCUGUGCCGUUGAGUCAACUCUCCAACUUCAACCCUCAACUUCCCACACUCGAGUCCGUAAGAGUUGUGGUAAUGGAGUAUGAAAAGCAUUUGUCGAGAAUCGGCAGAAGAUUAUUCGAAGCUAUGGCGAAGAAGCUUGAGUUGAAUAUGAAAAGCACAAAGGAAUACAUGGCAGAAAAAAGUGGAAUGAUCCGUGUGUAUCGGUACCCGAAUUACCCUGAUACAAAUGUUGGUUGGGGCAUGGAUGCUCAUACAGAUAGCUCAGUCAUGUCCAUCUUGAACCAAGGUGAUGAAGUUGGUGGCCUUCAGCUUCUCAAACAUCAUCAAUGGAUCAAUGUAAAACCUAUUCCCGACACUUUGGUUGUCAACCUAGGAGACAUGAUGCAGGCAAUCAGCAACGACAGGUACAAGAGUGUGACACACAGAGUGAGAAUAAACAAACAUAAAGAGAGGAUUUCAGUGUGCUAUUUCGUGUUUCCUGGUGAAGAAGUUGUGAUUGAAAGCUCAAAGUACAAGCCAUUUACUUACAAUGAGUUCAGAGCACAAGUGCAAGAAGAUCUCAAAGCCUUAGGGCACAAAGUUGGCCUUCCAAGAUUUCAGCACAGCCAUAAUUCUCAAGUUUCAUUGCUUUGACUCAUGACUUUCAGUUCCAUCUUCUGUUGUACCAUUAUCUUAUUCUUCACUGCUAUAUUCAUGCUAUGUUCAAAACAUAUAUUUUAUACGGAAAAAGUGUUUUUUGAUAA